AUGCUCAGACGACGAACCGUUGCUGUCAUUUCAGAUGAUUUUUGGGAUGAUACGUGGAGUGAAUAUAUUUUUGAAGUGACCGCCAGAAAGUUCAGAGGGAAAAACGGAGUUCGCAUUUUCUGGCGGAUCAAUGACGAUAUGCAACCCGCUCCCGGCAGAGGCGCGGGCUUUUUGCUCAACGCCCCUGUGAAAGGGCGCCUCGCCGAGAAAAAAAGUCGUAUCAAGUUUUGGUGGGAAAUUGGUUGGGAAAACAAGGAGUCAUUUGUCAUUGCAGACGUCAGGGGAGUUGCUGCAAGAAAAAAGGGGACCGAAACAAGACACAAGAUGGGAAAUGAUCCGGUCCCAAAUCAGAUCGUCAAUCAAGGCAAUCUCAUGACGUUGUUUCUUGACGGUGAAAUGGUCUUUGACGGGAAGGACCUAAACGGGAAUAAGGGAGGGCGGGUUGGCGUCGGCACCAAAGGCGCGACUGCUGAAUUUGACAAUGCAUUUGUAACGGGCCUGAGGGGCGGUCCGUUGAACCGGGUGAUAAGCUAA